AUGGCUCCCAGACGCACCUACAAGCGCACCACCAAGUACGAUGGGCAUCGUACGAAAGACACGGGAAAGGGCAAAAAAGGCGACAAGGGCAAAGGCAAAAAGCCUCACGCAAAAGACCAAGACGCAGCCAGAGAAAGAGGCAAAUAUUGCUACGCAAAGGUCACAGCACAUGUCGCACGCCGAGAGGGCUACCUGCUGUUUUACCAAGCCUGUGGACGUCUUAUUCUACGAUCAGAGUGGGAGACCUUUUACCGUUCGACAUUAUACUCCGAGGAUGAAAUCAAGGCCGAAGAUGGACACAUCAUGUCUGUUCUGGUGAAUUCAAGUGGGCGUGAGCCAACCGAAGAGGAAGUCUUGGACAGCUUUUGGGAAGCACUUGAACCGGCUCAGGACGAGAUAAGGAAAGUUAAUGCGAGGCAGUGGGACGUGUAUGAGGAGGUGUUCAAAACCGCUGUAGAGGUUGGUCUUGAAGAGGUCCAACAGCGUCUCUUGAUAGCAUUCGACAAUCUUUUCAUAAUUGAUAUGUCUCAGGACCCCAGCGUUGUCUAG